AUGCAAUCUGCAGACUGCGUAACCCAAGAUCGCCUACCGCAGCAUAAUCACCCUCAUCGUCGCUCGCUGCCAGCGAGUUUGUCCACCACUCCGCGUCACUCCUCGCCUCUGAAUCCUGGGGCUCACAACGUCAACUGUAGUCCGAAUCACAAACACAGCGCGUCGUUCUCUGGACCCGCGUCUCCCUAUAACUCGCCUUUGUCGUUCUCCUCUCCUGGGCGCGAAGCUAGAGGCGACAAUACUCCCCCAUGUGUUCCAGGCGCACAUCAAUCCGCGCCGUCACUAGGCUCACCGUUCAAACCUUCCCCCGACAAACCUUGUAGAGGAAGAGGUCUGAGUCUGUCAAUCAACACUGCCGGAGAAUCUGACCUUCCGACUUUGUCAACGGUGUCAACUAGAUCUUCUCCUGUUCGUUCCCCAACUCAAACUCCUGGUUUACUUAGUCCUUCAGCGACCCUCCGCCCGGAAGCCUUCCCAAGCGACGAUGUGAGAACUUCUCGUGUUCGGGCGCGCAGCGGGAGUGCCCCCAAGCCCUUCACAGGAGUAGGCAAGGUAACUAGCCCCAAUGGUAUUCCGCCUGCGCUUGCCCGUGAGUUUAUCCUCUAUUCGACUUUCGAGAAGUUAAGGAAUAAUGAACUUGCUAUAGCUACAUCAUCUCGUGCUUCAUUCUGGCGCCGUGACGAGGAGAAGUUGCUUAGCCCGAGCGAUUCAAGCCAUUCGAGACCUUGGCAUUCCAUGUUCGACACGUCGGCAUCAAGCAAGGACAGGCCAAGGAGGCAUAGUGUAGCGACGGGUACCCCGACAAAGGAAGGUAAGGAGGGCAAGGACAAUGAUACUACUGGAACUGUUCCAGUGGAGCAGAUGGAGAAUUGGGAAAUCACUAGGAAGCGUGUAGCUCAAGCUGCUUCCUCCAUUCUCGGCACAUCUGCCUUGAUUGCACACGAAAUUCUCCUCACCUCCGUCGAUUUAGUCGAGCUUGCUCCCGUGCCGGGUCUUCAGGCUGCGGCAAGGACCUUGUUACAAAUUUGGGCUUGUUUGCAACAAGUUGAUUCCAACCGCCUCCAAUGUCUCCGCCUCACCGAGCACUGCGCUGAUAUCCUUCUAUCUGUCCGACAAGAGGUGUACGAAGCCGGGGAUGAAGUUGAAGAUGAGUUGCGAUUACCGUUUGAUAAGUUGACGGAAUCGUUCAAUGACGUCCAUGCACUCCUCGUCAAACAAGCCGGGAGACCGUUCUUGAAGAGAUACCUGAAGAGAGACGAGAUUUCGAAACAGCUUCAUCAAUGUGACGUAGGGUUACAGGAGGCGCUGGGUAUGUUCAGUAUUUCGAUUCAAAUCCGUAUUCUCAAGCAAGUGCAGCUCGCAGAAGCUCGGAGACAGCAUGAUACCCAGGAAUUAUUGAGGAGUGUAGCUAAUCUGAGCCAUUUGAGUCAACACGGGUAUCCUAUUCAGCCUGACCCUCCGAGCUAUUCGAUGCCAACGACCCCGGUUGCCUUGGGAGCGCCAGACUUGCAAACGCCCAAGGUGUCGCAAGCAUAUAGUCAAGUACCUAUGGAACCGUUUUCCCUAUCGAGCGGUAUCUCCACAUCUGCGCGGCCGCCUUUCCCGUAUGCCGCUUCAAGCCUUCUCUCGUUGAGUGGCACUAGAUCCGUUUCCACGACUGCCUCAGCCUCGGCCUCUUCACAUAGUCUCAUCCCUGGUCUUCAUGGGUUACCCGCGAGCAGCUCCCAUUCCUCCUGGUCGCAAUCGCAAUCACAAUCAGUAUCAGUGGACCAGUCAAACGAUCAAUCAAUAGAAGCGUAUUCGUGGAAUUACAAUUCCAACAAUAACUCGGAGAUGACGAGUACUGGCAAAAUUCCCCCCUCUCUGAGCUCUGUACAAGUCCCGCCCGAACCUGUUUCUCCUAAAGAUACGAGUACGGUGAUACCUUCAGUGUCAAUAACGCCCUCGUCUAGGCCUUCGACUGCUACGUCCUCGUCUACUGCAUCUACUCAGAUUGAAAGCUCAAUCACAACUGAGUCCUACAAUGCUCCUUCUUCAGCGGCACUGCAGACGCGCUCGGGUCAGAUACAAAAGUCUUCCCUUCCCCAGCCUCCUAUACAGUUGAUUCCAACAAAGUCGAGCAUCGAGGCUUCCGGAGCCAUGCUCGAUGCGAUUCAGCGCCGGGGCAAUGUCUCUGUGGGAUCUUCGGAACUCAAGGUAUCAAGUCUUGAAACUUCCGCUACUUCGACGUCCAUUUGUACUGUAACUCCGGGGGCCACUAGCGUCGAGUCUACAUCCACGACUUCUGCAGCAACCUCCACAGCAACUUCAACAACAGCCUCUCACACCACUACCCAUCCCAUACCCCCUGCCCUCUUUCCCUCCGCCUCCUCCCUUCCUCCGACCCAGGUCCUUCCUACGCUCCUAUCCCUAACCCGCCACCAAGCCGCUCUCGAUGCCGAGUCUGACUAUGCGGAUUUGAGAGGAGUGAUGCGUACGGCACUCAGUAAAGGCAGCGACGUCGAGAUCCUCAAGGUGUUGGGUGUUGGUCUGAGGCAAGCUAGGCUGGGAAGGGGGUCUGUAGGUCAGCUAGAAGGUUUGAGCAGAGGUAGAAGCGGAAUGGGAGGAGAAGAAGGGGGAAUAGAGAGUUCUGGACUGGACGCAGGUGAAAUGGCUGAGGCUAUCAAGACCCUGCAACGGGCUCACGAGGCGAUCCUGGAGAGAGAGAGAUGGGAGGAUUUACAGGCGCGGCAGCAAGAACAAGAAGACGUCUCAAACCUAGCUCCAACGCAGCUAUCGCACGUUUCCCAAAUCACCUCUCAGCAAUCACUUGAAGUGAAGUCUCGAGAAGUUCAAGUCCAACAGCAAGAUAACAGGCCCGGACUUGAAUCUCGCAGCUCUUCCUCCUCGUCCUCAAGUAUCAAGAUGCUGUCGGGAAUCAAGCGGCGGAUGAGUUUACAGGGCUCUCGAUCGUAUUCAUCCACUGCUGCCUCCUUAGGAUUCCAAACAUCUUUGAAUGAGACUAUCAUUGAUGAGGAGGUUGAGGGAGAUGAAAAUGUGAAUAGAGGUAAACCUGAAGUAGGCAAACUAAGAUCAAAGCGAGGCAAAGUUGGAGCCAGAUUGAUGCGCUCUAAGACCUCGUCUUCAUCUUCUACUUCCUCUACUGCGACGACGAACGAUUCGGCUUGGUCGCGAUCUGAGUCUGGGUCGGGUAGCGGUGUUUCAAAAAGUUCCGUUUGUGGAAAGAAAUAUACGAGAGAGAAAGAUACGCUGGACAAGGAGUUCAUUGAGAGUGGGAUCGAUGCGCUGAGGAGAAUGAGUCGUAGUACGGCUGUUCAAAGCAGGACUAAGACCAGAAGUCACGAAGAAGUGGAGGACCCGGCGAGGUUAUUACCCAGUUGGACUAUCACCAGAUACGAAAUCGAUCGCGAGGAGAAAAUUGGAGUCGGCUUCUUUUCUGAUGUGUAUAAGGGAACUUGGCGUCCACCAUCCGUACCUUCUGCCCCCUUGUAUCCAUAUUCGGCCAUCACUGGUAUCAGUAACAACGGAGAUACAUCUCCGUCCCUCUCAUUUUAUUCCUCUUAUUCCUCCCGCGUCGUAGCAAUCAAAGUCCUUGCCGAAACCACCCCACGCUCGCUCUUUCUCCGCGAAACUGCGAUCUGGAAGAAGCUCUCCCACCCCAAUGUCCUCGAACUCUACGGAGCGAGCAGUGCGUCAGGAGACCCCCCGUGGUUCUUUGUCUCGCCUUAUAUGCGGAAUGGAUGUUUGGUCGAAUACCUGAGAAGGAAUUCGACAUCGAUCCCGCACACUACGCAGGGAGGAUUUUGGGACGCGAAGGUCCCGUGGGGCCUGAUUUUGCCGGGUAAUAGUGCGUAUGGGGUCUAUGAGGCGGCGGGAUUGGGAGGAGGGAAAAGUUUGUCGCGAUAUACGGAAUCUACUGCAGGUGGACUAGGGAGGCAGGUGGCUAUACAGGGUUUUGACCUGCAUAUGUCCACAGCAACUUUAGAUUCAGCGAGUAUUGGCCUAGGCUUGGGUCUUGGACCAAAUGCUGCUAAUCCACCCGAUGUAUCAUCCGCUUCUCCUCCAAUACCACCCCAUCUUGCAUCGAAAGCUUAUAUUCGAGGUCCAACGAGGGCUGACACUAGUGGGUCUGGCUCUCUUGAAGAUAGCAUUAGAAGUGCUGGAAACGCAGAUGUCAAAAAUUCAGGUUCGGGAGUAGAAAAUGUCCCGAAAGAAUGGGAUUUAUUGAGGUUUAUGCAUGAGAUUGCCAAGGGUAUGGAAUAUCUGCAUGGUCAGGGAGUUCUACAUGGAGAUCUAAAGGCAAGUUUUGCUUCUAAUGUUCUUGUCGACGACAAGAUUCAUUGUGUUAUUUCAGAUUUCGGUCAAAGUGAAAUGAGAUCAGAGGCAUAUAGAAUUAGUGGAACUGCUCUUCCUCACGGUACUCUUCGCUGGCAGGCGCCUGAAAUUUUUGCUGGAUCUAGUCAGCUCACUGUCGAAAUGGAUGUCUACGCAUUCGCGAUUUGCUGUACAGAAGUCUUGUCGCUUGGACGUAUGCCGUGGCCUUUAUAUGAUGACAAUCAAGUUCAGAAUCAUAUAAUGGCCAACCAACGUCCUGAAGUCCCUCCAACAUGUUUUACAUCUCCUGAUCUCAUUGACCUCAUUCGAUUGUGCUGGGCAACGAAUCCUCUGAAUCGACCUCUGUUCUCAGAGGUGGCCUCUGAACUGAAGGCCCUCAGGAAGAAGUCUACCCUUUCUGCGUGUGUUACUGGAGCUGAAAUGAUGGACUCGAGGUUUAGAUCCCCGCGAUUUUCAGAGCCACUGUAUCAACUUCAAGAUUCCCGGUCUCUUCCGAGCCCAGACAUGUAUCCAAUUCAGUUGCUUCCGAGGGUACAAUCUGCUAGUGUGAACACGCCUCCUCGGGAUAUCCACGCCCCUGUGCGUGUUGCGUAUGCUGAUGGAACGUCUUCUUAUUCGAGUCCGUUCUCAAACGCAUCUUCCUCAGAAGAUGACUCAUUCCGAACUGCGAACGAGGUUUUGAUGUCCACUUACGGAGAGGCAGUAAGAGGAUAUUCUGAGACUGCUGUUACGGUUUCUCCCUCUAUUGCCAGUACAAUCAAGGCUGGAGUUCAUGCUUCUUCUUUGUCUACUUCCCCAUUUGUUCCUCCUGGGACGUUACCGUUCUCUCCUGCCACGGCUUCUUCUCCAUCUUCUUCCGCACCACCACCGCCGAUUUUGCCUAAUUCCAGCCCCUAUCCUCUCAUGCCUGCCUCCUCAUUGCACUUACCUGGUGAUGGCUUGGCCGAAUUAGAUUUCAAGUACAAUGACGACAAUGACAAUAGCGACAUCACCUCAGUCACCCUUGCGCAAUCGCAGAUCCUUAAGACCGUGAAGCCCGUCCGGCCAUCCAGCAGCGCGACCUCAUCAAUAUUCACUUCCACUUUGAGGGAGUCGCAGUCUGGCGAUGGAUGUUCAUAUGAUGAAAACAGCCGGGUGCCUGGGGAAGAACUCGUAACUGGGAAUAAGAAGGUGAAUGGGUAUGAUAGAUACGAUUUGCCCCCUCUUGCCAAUGAUCUCAUUGCGGAAGCGCAAAAUGAAAGACGGUAUAGGUUGUUAUUGGUCCAUGAGUUCCAUCCUUCGCUGACGCUUCCGUUGUGGAGUCCCGCUCCGGUUGCCCUGGGAGCAGUAGGAUAUCUCUCCAAACCCAAGGGUGAAUUUAUAACCCUUUUCAAUGCUUUUCAUCCUCAGAAUUCGGUCUUAAAUGGUGUAAAAAGCCUCCCGUCUGUUCACGGAUAUGGAAAAGUCUCCACAGGGAACCAAAGACAAGAUAAAAGAAAUGCUGCUCAGAGGAGCUUAGAUACAAUUGCAGGCUUGUUGACGCUCAAGGGACGUGGGGGAAAUAUUUCUAAACACGUAUCCCGCCGGUAUUCCUACCCUCUACGAGUAGGGCACAAGACCGCACAUUUGUGUACGGAAACGACGAUGUAUCGUUAUGUGGAAAAUCUGGACGCCCCAAAAAAGUGGUUCAAAGCCAACGUAGAUACUGUGCUAGAAAUUUUUGGGCCUCAGCAUCAGAUUCAGAAGGAAGACUUGUUUUUUGUCAUUGGUUCACUGGACACACCCGAAUAUGCCUUGUUCGUCAGCCACAAUCAUCCCGAUGGGCAGGUGCAUUUCAACGUCUUUAAUUCUUCGAAGUCCCCACAGCCAUGGGGCACGUUUACAACUGAUACGGAGACACCGUUUGAACUCGGUGGACCGUCCUACCGUGAACCCGUGUCUUGCAGUCCGAUAUGUUCCAACAAAAUUUCGGCGCAGGGCAGUUACCCUUGGAACACAGUUCUAAUAGCACGACUACGUUUCAAGCCAGAUGUUUUGGAGCCUACUUCACUUUAG